CAAAACCGGCUCACGUCACGCCCAAAUGUGACGUCGAUCCCGCUGAUAGCUUAUCAUGAACGAUCGCAGGAGGUUCCGCGAUUCGAGCCUCAUAAACUUGACUACCUGGGAACUUAUGCAGUUACGUAGACGCAUAGAUCCACGUAUAGGCCGACAUGCCCCCUCGGUCCCGGGAAAGAAUAAUAUGCCUGGAACCUUGAUAGAAUCAUCACUGUUUGUACUACUCGCUGCCUCACUACUAUUCACUACUAUUUAUUAGCCUAUCUCUCCACAAAUACCUCUCAUCCAUCAUGGCAGCUGCUCUAGUAGCCGAUCUUUUCCGCAUAUGGCUAACGCUGCCGAUGCUGCUAUCCCUCACGAUUCUUACGCAACUCAUCGGAGCCCAGGAUCCGACACCUAGCACUGUCUCCGUGUUUUUACCGUCUUACGGGCCGAGAGACUGGGCGGCGCUACGAGGUAGCAUAAUCUCUAGUAACGACGCUGAGACUGCUUACACCAUCUUUUGCGCCCCGGACAGGAUCUAUAGUUGCAACAUUGGCGGCGACACUUUGCUCCCGUUUACAUUUAUCGAGGGGCCUUCGACUUACCAUUACGAGCAGUCAGUUGAUUCUACGAUCUCCGUCACUCAAGCCUGUCUCCUAUCCAACACCACCGUCGCCAUCUGUAGCGGCUCCACCUCCCUCGGUGCAAUUACUCUUGGCCCCCUAUCCGGGCCUAGCUCGACCUCCGUCGCGCCUUUCACGCUUACGGAUUCCUCUAUUCACUGGGGCGUCCUCACGCUCGCUACGCCCCCGCUCACGAGCGUCGCGGGUGGCCUGACAUUCACGUACUACAGCUCCGGGGUCACGGGGCUGGCUAGUGCGCCGGAGCCUACUGCUAGUGCCGCGGUUGCGACGACGACAGAUAGCAUCGGCGUGGCUACGGGCGCGACGAACAGUCCCUCGGCCCAACUCGAGGAUACGAGUGGCGCUGGGAAGUUAGUCAUAGUGGGAUUCACGACCACGCUGUUGGUUUCCGUCCUGCUGUGGUGACCUGACGGACGCGAAGUGACUUAAUUGUAAGACUUGAUCAUCAUGGACAAUUGAACAAAUAAUUGAGCUAUGAUGUGCUGAAGUCAUAGGUGCCUACUUAAGCUGACAUGCAGGUCCUAUAUGUA